AUGUCUACCACAAGAACCACAGCAUUGAGUAUGGGCAUCGUGUUGCUUACCGUGCAGCUUCUAUGGGCUGGUGGAUCCAGUGCUCAGUCGUUGGACUGCUCGACAGUGCUCGCCAGCUUGACCCCCUGCCUCGGUUACAUCAGCGGCAGUGACUCCAGUCCCAACAAGACCUGCUGCAGCCAGCUCGACAAAGUUGUUCGCUUAUCGCCCCUGUGCUUGUGCCAGCUUCUCAGUGGCGGUGGCUCUUCGUUUGGCAUCCCUGGUUUCAAUCAGACACGGGCUCUGGAGUUGCCUGCUGCUUGUAAUGUCCAGACUCCACCUGUGAGCAGCUGCAAUGCGUCCCCUGGGGGAAGCCCAGUACCACUCACUCCGAGUUCUCGAGGAAUGGAAUUGUUUGCAGAAGGAUUAGGAGGUGCGCCCGGAACUAGUAGCUCAGAUGGGAGCUCAAUCAAGGCGCCAACGUCUUUGCUGCUCUUCUUCUUCAUCACGGCAGCCUCAUAUUGUUAUUCUGCCUCCAUGAGAUACUGA